GGGACAAUUUGGCUACAAACUCGGUUUGUUUUGACGGCUCCAUCUCCACUCGCCCCCAAAUUUCUUCUUCUUCUUCUUCUUUAUCAUCUCAAUUUUGCAGAGAAAGGGAUUCUAGAAUCUUCCAUUGGGCAAAGUCUUCUUCGAUCCUCCUUGCUCUCUUUCUCAUGGAUCCUCCUACCUCUUGGGAUUCCUUGCGAAAGCAGGCAAGGAAGCUUGAAGCUCAGCUGGAUGAGCAGAUGCAUUUGUAUCGUAGAUUUGUUUCAAACAAAAGUGGUAAUGCUAAUGAUAACGAUCUUGAAUCCAGUAUAGAUCAGCUGCUCAAGCAACUUCAACAAGUAAAUUCACAAAUGCAAGCAUGGGUUUCAUCGGGAGGAUCUGAGAUCUUCUCUCAUACACUGACACGCCAUCAAGAAAUUCUUCAAGAUCUUUUUCAGGAGUUUAAUCGGAUCCGUUCAAGUUACAGAGCUAAGAAAGAGCAUGCUUCAUUGCUUGAAGAUUUUAGGGAGUUCGACCGGACCAGGUUAGAUCUGGAAGAUGGUAGUGGGUCUCAUGACCAAGCACUCCUUAAUGAACGUGCUACCCUCCAUAGGAAUACUGGACAGAUAGAUGGUGUGAUUUCUCAAGCCCAAGAAACAAUAAAGACACUUAUGUUUCAAAGAUCAACAUUUGGUGGCAUUAAUUCAAAACUCAGCAAUGUCAGCAGUCGUCUCCCAACGGUUAACCAUAUUCUUUCAGCAAUAAAGAAGAAAAAGUCUAUGGAUACUAUCAUUCUUUCAUUAGUUGCCUCUGUAUGCAUGUUUCUCAUUUUGGUUUACUGGAUGACGAAAUGAGAUAGUAAUUAAUCGGACUCUUGAUGGAGCUUUGAGCACCAACUUUGCUCAUUUGUAUCUUUUUGUAUAUUCUCUAGUGAAUUUUGUGACACUUCAUUUUUAUACAUGUAAGAAGGUAUCUUGAAUUGGUUUUGAUGCACGUGGUUGCUCGUGUAUGCUUUGCCAAUUCCAAGUAUCAACAUGA